CAGGCGGAUCUAGAGUGACUGGAGCGCAGCAGCGGAGAAUCACAGCAGCACAAACCCACUGCGCUCAUGGCAUCAAGGAGAAUGGAGACCAAACCAGUCAUUACCUGCCUCAAAACGCUGCUCGUCGUCUAUUCCUUCGUGUUCUGGAUCACGGGGGCGAUCCUGCUGGCGGUGGGAUUAUGGGGGAAGUUCAUUUUGGGUCCGUACAUCUCUCUGAUCGCUGAAAACUCCACCAAUGCUCCCUACGUGCUCAUCGGGACCGGGACCACCAUCAUCGUGUUCGGGCUGUUCGGAUGCUUCGCCACGUGCCGCGGGAGUCCAUGGAUGCUCAAACUGUACGCCAUGUUCCUGUCUCUGGUGUUCCUGGCAGAGCUGGUCGCUGGCAUCUCGGGCUUUGUUUUCCGUCAUGAGAUCAAAGGCACCUUUCUGAGGACGUACAACGAGGCCGUUCAGAACUACAAUGCCCAAGACGAGAGGAGCAUUGCGGUGGACAACGUCCAGAGAAGUUUGCAUUGUUGUGGUGUUCUGAACUACACCAGCUGGUUCUCCAGUGUUUAUUACCCUGUGAAUGGAAUUCCUCCGAGCUGCUGCGCUAACAUCUCCGACUGCAACUCCUCAGACCUGCGAAAUGCCACCAUAGCGCCCACCAAAAUCCAUCAGCAGGGCUGCUAUGAGCUAGUGACGGCUUUUAUUGAGACUAACAUGGGCAUUAUUGCUGGAGUAACGUUUGGAAUUGCAUUCUCGCAGCUGAUCGGGAUGCUGUUGGCCUGCUGUCUGUCACGAUUCAUCACUGCCAAUCAGUACGAGAUGGUGUAGUGGCGUGUGCACAGGCACAGAAGACGUACGACACCUUGGAAAGGGAAAGCAACCCAAAAAUGCUAGCACACUCCAUUCUUUCUCAUCUCUUUUUUAUUCUCUCUCUCCUUUUAUCUUUCAUUCUGUCUUUCCUGCCUUCUUUUUUCUCCUUUCCGUCAUUCCUUAAUCAUGCAGUUGUGCCAUAACCAAAGCCUCUCCUCACGAAACGUCAGCGUUAGCGAGGAAAAGGAAAUGGUUUUAAGAUGCACGCGUACUUUACUCUGUACAAAAUCCUUGCAUGCGAAAACCAUCUUACACACACACACACACACACACACACUACAACUAAAAUCAACAGCGUUUCUGUAACACUGCGUCCUAACCAGUCACAUAAAAGCCAAUCGAUAUUGCAAUCUCUCUCUAGCUACAUAUCAUAUAUGUUCAGGUUAGCUGUGGUUUUAAGGCUUUUUCUAUUUUUAGACAGAGAAAUUACUUAAUACUUGGGACAUUAAGUGUGAUCUGUUAGGUAUUUAUCCCGUUUUUGAGAAGAAAAACUAUUUAAAAGCUGUGUUUUUCUUAUCUAUCCACCAUUUUGUCAGCUUGGUUUCUAUUUGUCACAUUGCAGUUGGUAUAGCUCUGCCCACAGUGAAUUCUCAUUGGUCCAGAUAGAUGUAUAUUACUCUUCAAACGUUCUGAUUGGCUAUUUCGUGGCUUUGCGCAGUAUUUUCACUCCGUGUUCACACAUCUGGUUAGGACACGGUGUUACUUAACCCCUAAAAAGUGAGAUUUGUUAGUUAAUUGCCUUUUCAAGAGGAAAACUAUUAAAAAAGGAAAAAAUAUAUAGAUGACAAGAUGUUUUUGUUGUUGUUGUUGCUGUUGUAAAAUCUAUGGCAAAGGGGUUUAUCUCAGAAAUGGCUUUUUUGUCUUAUAUCAUUUGGAUUUCAUUUUUUGCUCCACAUCUCAGUGCUGGGUUGAAAAUGAUUCGACAUAAUACAAGUACAGAGUCAAAACCGUCAAUUUGUCUUGACGUGAAAGCCAAAAACAAGCAAUUUUCUGCCACAUAUAGCCAUGUACAGAACUCACAUUUCGACUGAAGUCUUAACGUGAGCAUUUAAAACUAGUGGCUUUUACGUUGUUGUAAGACAAGCAGAUAUCUCAGAGUACUAACUGAACACUGUUUAAUGGCUGAUUUAAUGGGUAAUUAUGCAGUUUAUGAGUUGUAGUUACAGUUUCACACCAUAUCUACCUUGUGACACACUGUAUUUUCUAUUAUUUUGUGGCUUUUUACUGUAGGAAUGUAAUCACACUGAGCGUCUCUUUCAGCGUUGAGGGAUGUUCAUGCUUAACAGCUCCGAAAAUGUUUGGUUGUUUUCAAGCAGAUGAAUAUAUGCAUGAGAUAAAUGAAGGCUAAAGAUCAUUUCGGUAUGAUUACAAAUAUUUCUAAGAAUGCUAUUUUGUUUUAAAAAUAUAUGAGUGUUAGACCUAAAAAAAAAAAACGUUUUCGAAAGGUUACCAUUUGUCAAAACACUUUGUAAAAUUGUUAUAUAUAUGAUAUGAUUAUGCUAGCAGGAGAACAGCUCUUAAAAACAGUUGGAUAGUUAAAAUGCUGGAAGAAUUUGAUUUACAACUCUAUAUGAAUAGGAAUAAUCGCAGGUUUUCUGGAGGUCAGAGUCCGAGGAAUUCUAGAAUCAUCACUUAAGUUCUUUAACUCAGUUGUUUGCAUAAUAAAACGCUUUAUUGGUUCACAGUUUUUGCAAAAAUGAACCAAGCUUUAGACACCUCUGCUGUUUAUUUAUUGUUUAUUUAUUUGCAUGUGUGGUAGAAAUCGCUGCAGUCUUUGGCUUAAUGGCUUUCUUUACUUUUUAUUUUGAAUCGUGAAGUACUGUCAACUGAAUUCCAUAUUUACGGGUGUCAAUGUGCAUUUGUCUUUUUUUAUUUCAUUUUGUGUUGUUGUUUUUUAUGGUUUUCUCAUUGAUCAUUAAUUUUCAUUUAAGACAUAUAGCUGUUAUAUUAAUAUGUUAAACCAUCAUUUCUGCAGCUGCCCCUUGUGUUGAUGGGUCAUUAAGUAUUAGAGUCCAGAAUUCAUAGUCUGAACACACGUGAUGAACUACACAUCUCCAGAUAUACGAGCGGAGUAAUAAUAUACUUUGUAUAAUAAAAAGAAAACUUUUUAAAAUGCAUCACCAGCUAGCAUGCCAACAAAAUGUAAGUUGAUAUUGUAAACAACUGUGAUCUCUAUUAAUAAAAUGGUUCUUCGUCAUUA